GAAUUUGGCCCUAAUGACCGGAAGUUAACCUAGAAACGGGCUAAUGGCUCAUUAGUGAAAGGAUUGUGUAAGUUCAGGGAUUUUUGUGAAAGGAUUUGAAGUUCAGGUGCGGGUACUAUGGAGCCCUAAUUGAUUUGGGUUUGGAUUUGGAUCCAGGGGUCAGGGAGUCUUGCUUUCAUCUUGCAAAAACCGCACCUUUUGGCAGGGAAGAAGAAAUGGCUACGGGAUUGGCUCGGAGCUGCGUCCAGUCCCUGCUGAAGGUGGUCAACUUGCUCUUAGGGGUGGCUGGGAUCGCCAUGAUCAUGUACUCCCUCUGGAUGUUCCGAGUUUGGGAAAAGCAUAUGCCCGGACGGCGGCCCGGACCCUCUCCUCUUCCCUUCUUCCCACCCGAAGAUGCCCCUAUUCCUUGGUUCAUUUACACUAUCCUUGGUCUGGGUAUCACUCUGUGUUUCAUCACCUGCUCCGGUCAUAUUGCUGCAGAAACUGUGAAUGGCUGCUGUCUGUAUAUCUACAUGGUGUUUGUCUUUCUACUUGUAGUGUUGGAAGCUGCUGUGACUGUAGAUGUUUUCUUAAACAAAAACUGGGAAGAGGACUUUCCUGAUGAUUCAACUGGGAACUUUGAUGUUAUCAAAAAGUUCGUUAAAGAACACUUUGACUUGUGCAAAUGGAUUGGCUUGUCAGUGGUUGCUGUGCAGGCACUGAGCAUUUUACUGUCAAUGAUUCUCAAAGCUUUGGGACCGCAUCGCGAGACAUACUAUCACAGUGACGAUGACUACAUUCCUGAUAGAGUUCCUUUGUUGAAAAACUAUGUCCCUCAAACUUCAUAUGUUGUUGGCAACCCUGUACAUGGACCCAAUGGCGAUACUUGGAAUAUCCGGAAAUAAUGGCAAGCAGACGAGUGGAAAAUGUUCUUUACAUUACAGAAUCUAUGGAGGGGCAAUUGAGUGAGUGCAGAUGAUUGAACAUGGUGUGAUCGGGCAUUUGGCUCGCUUUCAUUGGGUCGGGGUGUAGGAUUGAUUUAUCUGAUAAUGUAUAUAUGUAUAUAUAUUGUGUAACACUAUGGUAAUCUUGACUGCAAAUUCAAUCUUUGUUGUCAUUAUUCUUGAUGGGGUUGCCCUUGCCCUUGUGCUUUUAUUCUUAGUGCAACACAAGUUUGUGUUUAACACAGUACAGAGUACAACUAAUACUGUAAAUCUUUUUUCUUCAAAAAAUAAGUUUUAGAAUAAGUU